ACGCAGCAUGGGGAACCAGGUCACCAGGGAUGACUUUGAGUGGGUCUAUACGGAUCAGCCUCAUACAGAGAGAAGGAAGGAGAUCUUGGCCAAGUACCCUGAGAUCAAGAAGCUGAUGGGUCCAGAUCCUCACCUGAAGUGGGUGGUGUCUCUGAUGGUGCUGACCCAGCUGGUGGCCUGCUACUUGGUGAAGGACCUGCCUUGGAAGUGGGUCUUCUUCUGGGCUUAUGCCUUCGGGGGCUGCCUCAAUCAUUCCAUGACGUUGGCCAUCCACGACAUCUCCCACAAUGUGGCCUUCGGCAACAAGAAGGCCAAGUGGAACCGCUUCUUUGGCAUGUUCGCCAACCUACCCGUCGGAGUCCCCUAUGCCACCUCCUUCAAGAAGUACCACGUCGACCACCACCGCUACCUGGCCGGGGACGGGCUCGACGUGGACGUCCCCACGGCCUUCGAGGGACGGUUCUUCCACUCGCCGCCCCGCAAGAUCCUCUGGCUCUUUCUGCAGCCCCUCUUCUACGUCUUGCGGCCCCUCUACGUCAACCCCAAGCCCUUCACCGCCCUGGAGGUGAUCAACUUCGCUGUGCAGCUGGCUUACGACCUCUUGAUCUACUCCUUGUGGGGGCCCAAGCCUGUCUUCUACAUGAUCGCCGGCUCCACACUGGCCAUGGGGAUCCACCCCAUCUCCGGACACUUCAUCGCCGAGCACUACAUGUAUCUCAAGGGUUACGACACCUUUUCCUACUAUGGGCCCUUAAACUGGCUGACCUUCAACGUGGGUUAUCACAUGGAGCACCACGAUUUCCCCAGCAUCCCGGGCAGCAAGCUGCCACUGGUGAAGAAGAUUGCUGCUGAGUACUACGACCAUCUGCCCUACCACACCUCCUGGGUCUGCGUCCUCUGGGACUUCGUCUUCUGUGACUCACUGGGGCCCUUUGCCCGUGUGAAGAGGAAGUACAAAGUGGCCAAGGCGGAGUGAAACAAGAGAGUCACCCAACCGAGCUCCCGGCUCUCUAGCCUCUCAGGGGACCGGGGGAGGUUUGACAUCGGGGAGUUAUUUAUACCUGUCGUCUAAUACCAGAUGUGUACGCGCUUCAUUUAAGGGUCAAAUAUUCUCAUAGACUCCAUUGACCGAGACAUGAGUCAUUAGGCAGCCUCAUCGGGCCACGGGAGCACACCUCCUACUAGUGUACAAUUACCCACACUCCUCCCAGCAACCAACACAGGGGAUGUGGCCAAUGGUAUUGAGGGAUGGCUGAGAAGGGGGUGUGGCUAGGGUAUCUCCUGGGAUCCCCAGCUGCUGCUAACAGUCAGCGUAGAUUAGAGCAGCCUUCAGGCUGCUCUGUGCCAAGGACUAGCUUAGCAUCCAGAUGACUUUCCUGCCACCUUCAUUCCCCCACCCCGACUUCUUAUCAAAUAGGCCCCAGCCAAUCUGGAGCAUCGACUGGUACGUGUACAUAGGUAUUACUAUGGGCCAUCAAAGAUACCUCAAAUCUAGGCUGCAGCUUUAUAGGCCUGAUUCCAAGCUCCCUCAAAGAGGUGUGAAUCUGGAGUGACCUCCACUGAAAUCCGUGCCACUGAACAGGUGUAAAUCACUCCACGGGAGUCAGUGGGGCUGAUUCAUGCCUCCCUCACCUUGCCCUAGCACUGAUGUAAAUAAAACGAGAAUUGGGCCCCUUAUAAAAUGUGAACUACCCAGAUCUGCAAGAAAGGACCAUGCAGACAUAAUGCAAAGAUACAGCAAAGAUACUUAAUUAGUCAUGUUCCUUAUAUUAAAAGUAACUUGGGGAGAAGCUUCUUUUGGAGCUGUCCCUUUUUUAGCUCCUUUGAUGGAAAAAAGAGACAGAAAAGAUUUUUUUAACCCAUUGGAAUGUCAACUCUGGUUUGAUUUCUGCUGGAGAGCUGCUUGGAGGUCUCUAAGGUGUCGCUUGAAACCACUCCUGGAAAGGAGAGGGAGAGGCUGGCAGUUUAACAAAGAGCGCUCACCUCCCACCUGUUUGUUGGGUGCUUGAGUUUGUUGGUGUCAGUGUGGCUCUGGCUCUGGAUAUUUGCAAACUUUUAGUCCAUACAGGUCUUGCAUUAUCUCUGUGUGUUUGCCAUGGUGGGAUCAUUUGCUUACAAAUGACGGAUGGCAUUUUGAAAGUGUAAAUUAAGUUGGAGUUGUCAGAUCUUACUGUGAAAGGGCGGGAGGAAGGGAGAUUUGAUGUGGGAGCUGGGUUUUGUUAAAAAUAAUGUCUUAUUUUAUAGAGUCUUUCAUCCUUAAGGAUCCCAAGAACUUAGUGUUGAGGUGUAGCAGCUGUUUUGUAGCUGUAGACUUCAGAGCAGGGAGUAAAGAAGGUCCCACCUCCGGCUGAGAUUGCUGGGCAAGUUUAGAGAGCUGAACAGAAUGACCGGCGUGGGAACCUUGCCAGAGGCCUGAGCCUCUUGGGGGGAAGCACCCUGGCAUUUUUAAUGAUCUCACAUUAGUCAGGUCAUUGAGUUGACAUGGCGGCACAGCACCCCCUAGUGCCAUGCUGGAGCAUUGAGGUGAGCAUGUAUUGUGAGGGGAGAGCGCCCCGCUCUUGAGUCACCCACCCUGCAGCAUCAUCUCCGGUUGUGUAUUUGUUCUCCCAGUCCUGACCUGUCAGCCACUCCACUGAGCUUGUGAGAUCUCACCAGAGUCACAGCAUCCUGAGCGGGUACGUCCAGCGGGCCUCUUCUACCAUCUGUCCCUCUCCAGGGCCCAUUUCAGGUCUGGAACGAAGGCCAGCACUGGUUCUCCCCUUGGUGGCAUGGGAGGAGUUCUGCAGAUACAGCAGCAGAUAUCAGAUGCAACAGCAGACGAGUCCUCCAGGCCUGAUCC